UCCGCCAUUAAGACGAGCAGACCAAUAAGGUGUCGUGUCUUAUCAACGUGCCCGCCUCCCGCCGCAUCUGAUUGGCUGACUCGGUCCUCCGUUACCUUUCAUCCGCUUCUGUCCCCAGGGAAUAAGGUAAGCUAACCGCGAGGAUAGAAAAAGGAAAGCUCAUUACUAGACGAUGCAAGACGCACCAGUCAUCUACAAAAAGUGACCUGUUCGUAUUAGGCUGUAUGUUUGUUUUUUCUCCCCUCCACUAUUUCUGACUCGAGAAAAGGAAACACUGAGGAAAAUCAGGAGUACAAGUGGGAAAUCGCGAAGUGACCGGAAUGGCCAGGAGCAGCCUGUUUCAAGAGGCUUUAAAGGAGUCAGGAAAAUGACCUAAUUAACAGCUAGCGUAACAGACAGCCUGGUGCAAAUGUGUUGAAUUUCCCCAGUUUCAGCCAUAAGGAGGACACAUGCAUCAGUGCACAAACAGGUACACCAUAUCUACAAACCCUGCCCUCCCCUUCCUGCCAUUUGCCCCAGUCCUCCAUGGAUUCCUACACCUUCCACUUUGAGAGAAUGAGCAACGUGGACCUGCAUCCUCUGAGCCUGCCUGUCAGCCGGCUUUCCCCAGCCAAGUCCAACAGCAGCAUCGUUGAUCAACUUGCCCACCAUCAACACGGCAAAGGAGACUCUGCUUACAGCUCCUUCUCUGGUGGGUCCACAGCCCCAGACUACCCCUCUUCUUUCCUUCCAGACGAUCUACAGUCCAGCUCCUUCAGCCACUAUGCUGAUCUCAAGUAUGUAAAGUCCAUUUGUAAUCCAACUCAGGUACUGCAAUCUGACUCAAAAACCAUGGACCAGCUCUAUCGCUCUGUUGAAGCUAUUUCACAGCAAUAUCACAACAAUGCUAAUGUAAACCACCACAGUUACAAUGGCAACCACAGUUUCCACACCAACAACAAGACACUCAAACAAGAGACACAUUUGGGAGCUCCAUCUCAGAGUGAUCACCCUUCUGUCCGUCCUCCUCCAGUCCCAGCACGCAUUGAUAGUUUCAUAGCCACUAAAAACUUGGAAAACAGCAGAGGUCACCACCACAGUACUGAGUUUCAACCCCAGCAGCCCAGACCCCAUAGUCGACUGCAUCCUCAUGGCCUCAGUUCACCAAAACCUGAAAUAACUAAUGCAAGCAUUUGUAGCUCAAGCUUCAGUUCUGACCCGGUGUACUCGGUGUGGCGAGGCUCUCAGCAGCAGCCACCACAGACCCAACAUCCACCAAGCUACCGACCCCACCUCCAGCCUCAUGAUUCAACCAGAGCAAACCCAGAAUACCUUUUUAUCUCUGAUAACAAAGUUGCCUCGGAGCAGCAGAGGUCAGCAACCAUCCUAAGCCAAUCGCCUCCCAAAAGCACAAGCCAGUCUGAGCACCCAGUGCCCAAACAGCCCCAAAGCAGUGGUGGGUCUAACGGAGACCAUUAUAACAAACACAGCAGCAGCCAUUUUGAAAGUCGGCGCAAAAGUACACACUCUGCUCACGAUCACCUCAGUUCAGAGCCAGCGCGAGCGGCUAGCCCCUGGAACUAUGCUCGAAGUUUAAUCAGCAGCAGCAUCCAGCAUAAAGGCCAGUUCUACUUUGUCACAGGAGUGUGUAAGCUGUCUGAAUCUGGUUUGAGGACACACUCUGCAUCUGUGAGUGGGUCUGAGGCCGGACGUGAGAUCUCCACUAUGUUAGAGACACACCGGCUAAGAGAAAAAGAGAGAUGCCACAGCACAAUGGAUAAUUUAUUUAGACCUCUUCAGGAAAGUUCUCGCUCUUACAGCGGUACAAUCCCAGACGACAGGGAGCCUUUCACUUCUGCGCUCCAGGAAAAGGAUAGCCCCGACCAGGAGAAUCACAGACCAUCCCUCCUCUUGACCCAGUCUGCUGAAAGCCUUGAUGACUCUGAAGAAAAUGACCUGAUGCGAGAUAUUGGCCGCCAUACUGCUAAAAAUCCUAUAUUCUACUGUGGACCUGAUAGAAACUGUCCACCGCAUCCAAGUCUUCUACGUAACGAACAGCCCAACCACAACAAUAGAGAAGAUCCGACAAAAAGAGGGAAAAGGCAGCCCCUGGGAGAUGUCGCCAGUGAAAAGAUAAACAAAGAAACCACCCCACUUCUGUACCAUCUCACUGGAGCCAGCCGGACAGCGUUACAGCCUCAGAGGGAUCCUGGUUUUAGUAUCAAAGGAAAAGAAGUUGUUCUAAACAAAACAAGCCAAGGAGAUGUGGUUGUAAAUAAUAAUGACAGACCUCCACAAGGUGAGAUGUGCAAGAACAAUAGAAGGGAAGAUCCCUCUGUUGCCUGUAACACACUAGAUGAUUCGUUCAAGAAGUACUACAAAGAGAAGCUGAAGGAUGCCCAGUGUAAAGUCCUGAGGGAGACGUCAUUUAAAAGAAGGGACCUGCAGCUGUCUUUGCCGCUCCGCAUCCGGCAAAAACCUGAGCUGAGGCCUGUGGGGAUUCAUUGUUUCUCCUCAUCACAAGACUCCGAAUCUUCCGUAGACACUCUCACUCCUUCUGUGACCUCCGAGGAGACCGAGAAGGGGAGCAUAAAAGACGAAGGCAGAGAGAAACAGAAGUUUGAUAAAGAGACUGAAAAGGAAAAAGGGAGGCCAACAAAUGUGGCACAGCCCCAGGUGGCUCGCAUUGGAGGCAGGAAGAGGCUGACCUCAGAGCAGAAGAAGAUGAGCUACUCUGAACCAGAGAAGCUCAACCAGCUCGGUAGUGCUCCAAAGCACUCUGCUUGCCGCUCCUUUGGCAAUGAAAGUGACAGCCCAUUUACAGUUGAAUGUGACAGAGAGGAGCGCAGCCAGCAAGGAGAGCAGGGACUGGUUGCAACACGGAGGAAGAUGUUUGAGACAAGAGGUCGAGCUCAGUCAGCCCCCAGCGCCUCAAAGACAAACUUAAAGCAUCUGCAGCACAAGGCCUUGGUGGAGUACAUGGAGCGUAAGACGGGGCAAAAAGGGGCUGAACCUCAGCAGCAAGCGCCUCAGUUACCACAUCCACCUAGACAGAGACACUCUCUGGGGGAGAAACCAUUUGACUGGGGUCCUCGGCCGUUAUCAGGGAGCCAUGAAGGUAAAACCAUGAAGAAAAAGCUUCAUAGACCCCACUCAGCAGGCCGCAUCCUGGAUUCCUCCAGCAGCUCCAUCAGGUAUGCCCAGUUCUUCUCAGCACAGUCUUGCUCAGGCCAAUAUGCCAGCCAACAGAAUCCAUCCAGACUGAGGGCGAGUCAAGGUCCAUCUCAGGGAAAGUCUGCUUCAGUGGAAAGUCUCUUGGACCAGCCAGAGCCACCUAGUUUCUUCAGGAACCGAUCCACAUCCAUACCACACGCAUUUCAGACAUGUGACUAUGAAGAGGAUCCAUUACCAGUUAGCACUAUGGAAACCCAGAGUGCACAGAAGAAUCCUGCAGAGGAAUCCACGGUGAAGCCAGCUGCUGAGGGCCAGCAGCGUGUCCGUGUGCUCGCACAGAGAGGGAAGUCCAUGGAGGAGCUUGGAACGUCAAAGUUAACUAAACUUUCAGCCCUGAGUAAAAGCUCUGAGCAGCUGGAUCAGCUGCGGGGGCAUUCAGCUGGACCUAGGGGACCAGAAAAAGACGAGAAGAGUACUUUAUACUUUGCUGAACUAAGAGAAGCCCAGUGGCAGGAAAGAGGGAGGAAUAGGCAAACAGGAAAAGAACUGGAGAUUGUUACUCAGAAGAACACUCAGGGACAGACUCCAAACCAAACCCAGAAAACAACCCUUGUGAAGCAGAGCUCUGAGCCAGGGGAGGAUGCAGGACCAGGAGAAAGGAGUUCUACUACAUCUGAUUCCCCAACCUCCAGCUCCUCUUUACAGGCCAGAGUUCACUCUGCUUCUCCUGGAUCUAAUGCUACUACCACAGAUGAGGUCAGGUCCAAUAGAGCACCAUGUGAGACUUCUUCCAACCCACCUUCCCCCAAAGGUCAAGAGAUCACUGAGACGGAGAUCAGACCCACCUUAUCCACACCCACUCAGACAAAGCUUCCUUGUGAAAGGGCAUCUUGCUCCAGAGCUGGGACUUCUCCUUCUUUGGCUGGAACAGAGAGGGAGCAAACACUAGAUGACCUGAGCAGUGAUUCUCAGCCGCCUGCUUUAACCCAUGAAGUGUCUCUGAGCUGCGGCGUUACCACCGAUCCUUCACUGUGGAUUUUCCCACCAGAAGAAGAGAGCAAAAAGGAGGACCAGCUUUCGUCACUGACAGACAACGUUUUCCAAGAGUCCACCAGCUCCGUUCCUCCAAAGCAGACAAGUGAAUCCUCUGUGUGUCCUUGCACAUCCGCCUCCGAGGCAGACAUCAUUCAGGAGGUGGACGAGCUGAAAGAUCCAGAAAUUGAGGCUGAGAAGGUGGAAGAAGAGGAGGAGAUGGAGGAGAGGGGAACACCGGAAGGAGAAACUGAGAGCGUGGAGAGGCCUGUUGAGAAACCUCAGUGGGAGGAGCUGGUGGAGGCAGUGGUUAAAGCUGACCAAUCACUGGCCAGGGUGCUAUACCCGCUGGCCAAUCGCAAGACAGCGUUGAUGCUGAUGGAGCAGCUGCUGUCAGAAGACACACUGCUGAUGGAGGAGCAUUAUAAGAAGAAACAGGAGCAGAAAGGCGCUGCAGAAGGCACUGAAACGGUUGAAGGAACUGAACCGUCUGCCUUUCCUCCUGCUUCUGACGGCCAGAAAUCUCAAUGUUCAGACCUGCAAAGCAAAGCUGACAUCACUGAGAAGAAGCGUUUGCUGGUGUCAUAUAUCGAGGAGCGUCUGCGUUCACUGGACGAGUUGCGUAGUGCCCUGCAGAUGGAGGUUCAGGAGAACACGGCCUGUGGGGAGGCGCUGGCCGUGCUGGUCCAUGAGCGCUGUCUGCCAGUGGAGCUAGAGCGGUACAACCUCUUCAUCGGAGACCUGGAAAGGGUGGUGAGCCUGCUGCUAUGCCUCUCUGCUCGGCUGGCAAGAGUGCAGAACGCCCUGAGCACUGUGGACCAGCACACAGAUGUUGAGGAAAAGGAAUCUCUGGACAGUCGCCACCGACUGCUGUGCAAACAGAGGGAGGACGCCAAAGAUCUGAAGGAUAACCUGGAUCGCAGAGAGAACCUGGUGUCCACCUUCCUGUCGCGGCAGCUGUCUGCCGAGCAGCUGCAGGACUACCGCCGCUUCGUCCAGACCAAGGCCUCGCUGCUAAUCAGGCAGAAGGACCUGGAGGAGAAGCAGAAGCUGGGAGAGGAGCAGCUGGAGGCCCUUUCCAACAGCAUAAAUCUGUGAGAGGAGAAGGAAGGAACGCUUUCCAUUUUUGUUCGAUUUUUUUUUUGUUCAAAAAGACAUUUUCAGCUCUGCUUUUAAAGCUCCGUUUGCCUGAUUGAGCUCUGGCUGAUUGCUCUUACCGUUUCCACCCAGUUACUUUUCACACAGCUACAAGAGGUCCCAUUACACUCACCAUUCAUGUAUAUAUGUAGGCGGUACAUGAGGUGAGCAGUGACUGUUGAGACUGAUGUGCUGGGAACACCUUCCGCCCAACACCAUCUGCAUAAUCAGCAUCAUGCAUAAAGACUUGUCCCGAUGUUAAAUGUUUUAUUUCACUUUGAACAGAUCUGAACUGUCUGUGUGCCUUGAUUUCAUUGUAGCUGUUAAACAUUUUAUAUUAGAGCUGCUGUGCAGAAACUUUUAGCAAUUCAGAAAACUGUCUUUCACUUUUCACUAAGAUGAUAGUCAUACAGCCCUUUAGCUGCACCUGUGGAAACCUUCUAUAAGCUUUAAAGAUUGUAUCAGAGCAGGAAGGAGGCCUCAGUAGCUUGACAGAGGUUGGUGUACAGUAUCAUGCCAGUAAAAUGUACAAUAGAUGUAGAAGAUUUAAUCUUUUUUUUUUUUUCUAAUGUGCUUAUUUUUAAAUGUAUUUCAAAUUGAGGCACUAAAAACCAAAAAAAAAGGUGAAUGGAAAAAAGCACUUUGUAAAGAUACAUAAAUGCACAUUUCCUUAAAUCAGAUUCUGAAUCUUGUUGAAUUAAAGCCUUUCUCCAUCCGUUCAAACAAUAUUUCUUUUUCCUGUUUGUUACAUCAUUUAAUUUAAUUAGGAAACUUUUUUCAUGUUUUCGUGUUUAAAAGCAUGAAAUAUUGUGUAGAUUUACUUCUCCAGCUAAUUUCAUACUUCUUAUCGAGUCCUGAUGAUUUCAUGCUGGAAUUGUUCCUCAUACACACACACCCCACCCCCCACCCCCCUUUUUGUCCUUUUCUUAAAGAAGUGACAAUAUACUUGAAACACUUAUAUAUUUUAGAGGACAGUCAAUAGUCUUCACUUAAAGUGUCAUAAACUUAUUUUGAUUUCUCUACCUCCACAGUUUUGGUCCCUUUAGACAAACGUUAAAACACUUUUGUUAGUUUCCAUUUACACAACAGUCUCACAGUAAAAAAAAAUAAAAAAUUUCUUGAAAAUAUACACUUGAAUCAUCUAACACCCCCUAACAAACACAAACCUGUUUUAAAUAUUAAUAUCUGUUGGUAGAUUUUAUAGUUUUAUUCAUUUUUUUUCAACCGAAAGCGACAUUAAGUUGUUUAAUGUCAGAUGUGCUGUAUGUGUGAGGUCAUGAAUGUCUUCGUUUUGUGUCUAGUAUUGUGUUAGUUUUAAACAGAAGUCCCCUUAUGUUUGUUAUGUUGGCUUUCACAUAACUUUUGAAGUCAGAAAAUAAUGAAAAAUUGUCAUCCCUCAGGAAAAUGAUGCCUGUUGACUGAAUUGUGCUGAAGUGUGUGAUGUUUAAGUAACAAUUAACACAGUGAGCAUCAUCUGCAGCCCCCACUGACAAAGAAAAGCUGGUUUACUCGGUCAUUUCAGAUGAGGACAAACAGAGAAGAUUAGAAGUCUUUCCACCUUCAGAUAUAUUUUCUUUUUUUGUGUUUUUUUUCCUCCUGCUCAGCCACCAUUCCUGAAACUUUUCUCUAGAGAUUUGUGACUCCAUCUGUCUCAGUUUAUUAAACAACUGAAUGCUUAUUUUGGCCUUUGUGCUGACGCAGAGCUGAAGGGCUGGAAAGACUCAUGUUGCUUCUGCAGCCUGCUGGAAUUCCUGUAGUUUGCAAAAUGACCAACAUUGUGGACAAAAAGAAGACAUGGCAAGAAAGUGAGGAACAGUGUUCCCGAAAAGGAGCAGCAAAUGGAUAAAUCUUCAUUUUAGUUCUUGUUACUGUAUUUAAGAGCUCUCUUCCUUCUCUCUUUAAAUCAAAGCAGUUUGGUUGAAAUCACAUUAAAGGGGGAUUUUAUUUCAAACACUGGCGACGGGUGUCAUUAAUAUGAACACGACUUGUUUUAAAACCGAGAAGGAAAAAUUUUUACCUGAGUUAGUGACAGUGAUGCAGACGUGUUUCUAAAUCUACUCUUCCUGCUAUUUUCACACCCAUUUUUUCUUGAGUUGCUGUUUUGUGCCUGUUUGGGUUUUUUAAAUUCUAUGUUUGUAUUAUUGUGAAUAAAUUAAGCUCUCACUGUC